AUGACAGACAGUCUCGAUGUACUCAUCAUUGGAGGUGGACUUGCGGGUCUGAGUACCGCAUUGAGCCUCGUGCGGUCUCUCCAUACGGCUGUGGUCUUCGACUCUCGCAGCUAUCGCAAUCACCAUGUCAACUGGUUGCAUACACUUCCAGGGUGGGAUGGUCGUGAUCCAGAAGAAUACCGUGCUGCCGCACGCCAAAACAUCCUCUCCAAAUACAACACAGUUCAAUUCGCCACCGGAGUUGUGAUCGAAAAUGUCGUUCGCGAUCCCGAGGCUGAAUUUUCUUUCAUAGCUACCGAUUCGAAAGGUCGUACUUGGCGAGGUCGCAAACUAGUCCUGGCUGCAGGCAUCGAAGAUGUUCCACUUGAUAUCCCCGGAUACAAUGCAUGCUGGUCAAGGGGAAUCUUUCACUGCCUUGUGCAUCGGGGCUACGAAGAGCGUGGCUGUGCCUCUGCAGGUGUGCUAGCUGCAGGCGGUGAUGACAACCUCAAGGCUGCUCGUCACCUGGCCCUUCAGUGCCGCCGCUACACUUCGGGGCCUGUAACCGUUUACACUCACGGGAACGAGGCCUUGGCUGCCGAGUGCCGAGAGGCUCUUGAGCCCUUGGGGUUCAUCAUCGAUGCGCGCCGCAUUACUCGCUUCGUCAAAGAACCUGUCCAAGCUCAGCUUACGGCCGUAUUCGAAGACGGCAGCAAUAAAACGGAGGGUUUCAUGAUUCAUAGACCCUUGCCACGUAACAAUGGUACCUUUGCAAAGGAUCUGGGUGUAGAGACAAAUGAUUCUGGGUUCUACAAAACUAAUCCUCCCUUUUUUGAAACAAAUACGCCCGGAGUCUUUGCAGCGGGAGACUGUGGUGAUCCGUUCAAAAUUGGAACGUUUGCUGUUGCGAUGGGAGCAUUUGUUGCGGGCGGUCUACAGAUGCAGCUCGAUGCCGGUGCGGGGCAGUCAGCUGGUCCUGCGUAUCAGAUAGUCAAGUAACAUUAGAGAGAAUGAUAUGUAGUAUGUUUUCAAUUGACUGGCAGAACUUUUCU